GAGAAUCUCCUAAAUCACAAGCUUGGAACGCUUGGCAGGAUACUUUCUCUAUUCAAUUACCAACCAUACUGAUCCAGAUGAAGUAACCAAAGAUUAUCCGGUUUACUGCAGUGAUUCUCGGUUCUUUGGAAUCACCUAGCGUGGCUGUGCUUGUGUAAAUCUGUGUGCUGUGUACCGUCGUCGUUGUUAAGUGUCUUUCGCUUGCGGGAACCAUCGCGAGAAUGUGCAGAAAGAACACAAUGUCCGCUGGUUCCGUGCUGUUCCUGACCGUGCUGCUUACGGGUUACAUCUACUGGGCUCUCGCUCAACCCACUAAUGUCCUGGAGAUUCGCUGCAAAUUCUAUGCUCCCCCGAGCGUAGAGGACACAGGCAAGUGCUUCCACGGAGCCGAAGUAAAUCCCUGUGGGCGACUGUCCUGUUUGAAGGGCGUCGGAGAACACUGUGGUGAAAGUAUCGCCGGCAGCAUCAUGUACGGCAAGUGCGCGAGCGGACUGAUGUGCUGCGGGGGCAAGUGCGUCGGCUGCAAGAACGGGAUCUGCGACCACCGGAUGUGUCCGCCGCGUGGUCCGAUGGUCGCCAGCCAGAGCCAGUUCGGUGCGAAUCAGCAACCGCCGGCCAUCUUCCCCUCGCUUUACAAGAUGUUCGACUACUACAGCAGUGAGACUGAGUAGGCACAAUAAUGCGAGCAGCAAAAUCAACCAAACAAACAAAAAAUCAGUUAGGUAUCAAACAAAUUUUGCAAUGAUAGCCAUUUUAAUGCAGUAAGUUUUUAACCGCACGAGAGCAUUCCGACAGAAAAGUACAACCAAAAAAAGAAUACGGCAGACUAAUGUAAUCACUCUAGCUAUUGUAUGUAUUACGAAUUCUACCCUAAACCUAAUCCAACGCAGUGUUGUUAAAGCAUAUUUGCCAAAGAGAAAUUGGAUGUGAUAUUCACGAGCAUUGGAAAUAUAGCAAGCAAAUAAUUAGCAUUCAGUGUUUGUAUUUUAUUGUUGUUUAAGUUGACGUUACAAUUGAACAAUUUUUACAAUCAGCUUUAGAGUUAACAUUAGUCAGAUAGUUUAACGUUUAUUUUUUUAUGGCCCACCCUCUUCCCACACGUCCUUUUUAUUUAAAGUGUAUGAAUGCAUUUUGGUUAUUAAAGUGUGAUUUUAUCUUUUGAUAAUAUUUAAUUUUAGUUUUUAACGUCUUGCAAAUUUUAUAUAAUUUAAAAAGGUUAGGUUUGUUUAUUUUUUAAAAAUAUAUGUGGUUUGUUUGUUCGUGUUUUAAAUAUCAGUCUUAGACUUCAGUCUUGAUUGUUUUUGGAUUUAAACCUUAAAAUUAAAAGGAUUUGUUUUACGUCUAGCGUAUAAGAGAAAUGGUAUUUCAUAAAUAUUGUAGGUUUGUAAGAGUAUUCUAAUAGUAACAUUGCAACUGCUUGAAGGCAAACAAAUUUGAUUCGAACUGCCCUGAGUAACCUUUAAAAAGACGAUCGUAGAAGAGUUCAAUGGAAAGGUACAGAACCAAAAUCUUAGAAAACGUCCAUCGAUACAUCAAGCUGUAAGGCAAACCAAGCAAAUUCAAAUUUGUAGUGGAAAUAUCCCCCGUUGCUGCGGUCUCUUCUCGCUUGCCACUUCGGUGCGGUCCGCACCGAAGCUCUUCCCGCUGGUUAACCGCAGAGGCCACCACCGAGCCACGUCCAGUCCCACCGUUGGAUUGUGCUCUCUUCCCGCUGGUUACUUCGAACGCAGUCCGCAUUCGAAACUCUUCUCGCUUGCCGAGCACAACCAUCAUCCUUCCAUCUCCGUCCAGACCGUGCAGGAACACAGGAACCCUAUCGGCGAGGUACGCCGAAAGAGGAGAAAGGAAACAAUGCAAAGCAAUUCCGAAAAGGCCCAUCUUCUCGCGACUUUCCGCAUCCUCUUCACGCUUGCUUGGGCCACCGAAAGUUAUGCGCUCGCAUCUUGUCGUCGCGCUACUCGUCGUCUAGAGGUCCUCUAGGUUGCGGAUUAUGGUAGUUUGGAUUAGGAAGAAAAAGAUCAAUUUCUUGGGGCACCCUUUCUGGCAUCUUCGGAUGAGGCAUCCAGUCUCGAGAUCAAAGGCCGCCCGACCCACAAGCCUGAGCAACCAGUUUCGGAAACAAAAACGAUUCGUCGUUGCUAUUUAACAGUAUUAACAGCGCUCGAUAGACAUAGGAAAAGAUAUUAGUUUUGAGAUGUGCGUAUUUUGUUAUUUUUAGUGCUGCUGCUGCUGCCGCCGACGGUAGUCUCGAACGGGAAUAUUGGUGUGUUUUUUGCGCAGGUGUUUUUUAUGUUUUGUCGUCGCCUAAUCCUAAAAAUUUUCUUUUUUUUUUUUCAUCGGAGAAUGGAUGGAGGGUAGAGAUUGAAACACCGUCCAAAGAAUUUCAUCUAGCCCCGAAAAGGGUGCCUCUGGUGGCCCAGGUCGCCCCCGAAGGAGCGAACCAGGCGAAAUCGAUUCUUUUUCCCGGAAGGGCAGAGGGACUGGUUGGGAACCGGUUGGACAUUCUUUUCAGUUUUAGUCUUCUCCAGUGGUAAACUCAGUCGUCUGUCGCCUGUCCGGAACCUUGUCAUCUAACGUGUGUGCAUCGGUUGAGAGAAUAGCCUAGCGCCCGAGUGAAUCGAACGAUCGUCUUCUUGCUCUGUAUGUGAGUGUUUGUCGUGUUUUCUCCAAAAACAAGAUCAACGCUGUGACUGAUAACUCCUUCUAUGAUCAAGCGGUAGUAACAGAUUUUCAUCUCAAGCCAUCAACGGUGCAUAUUUUCGUCGUUAUUGUAUUAUGUUAUUUCGGAAUAAAGUCUGUUUAUGGGCAGUGUCUCUCUUCGAUUUGACAUCAAAAAGAAACGAAAGCUUAAACAGCCUUUGUGACGAUUGUUGAAUUGAUGUUGUGCGAUGUUUUAUUCAUUGUAGAUUGACAAAAAUACUCAGUUGGACACUAUCUUUAGAUGAACUCAACAGCCACUGGCUGGUUAUACUGAUACUGGCAAUAAUAAGCCAAAUUAUACUGCAUAGCACUCGGCUUCUGCAGGAUCUUUUGCUACAGAGCGAUAACUCUCAUACUUUUUCACUUAUAAACACUUUGCCGGAUGUCGUUUUGCAACUUCACUUCCGCUUUGGGACAAGUUCAUGGUCUAAUUAGAGCUUUACAAAAGCCUUUUCAAACAUUUCAUAUUUCAACACUGGUUCGGUUGUAGUAAGCAUCAUGCUGACAAACAAGAUUUUCUCGAAUAAUUUCUCCAUGCUUUGGCGCUCUUCAAUUUUGACUGCCUUCAAAAACCAUUACUUAAAGCUUUUGCGAUUUCAACAAGGCACUGCUUUUAGGCUGGUAAUUUUUCAAAUAACACUUUUGCCACAUAGAAGAUUGAAAACCUUUUCGCUCUGGCAUUUCAAACACAUACAUUGGCAAAGAUAGCUCGGCAAAUUUGACGGCUUUUUUUUCACUAAUAACUUCAGAUUCGCCUCCUCGGAGGGUUUCUCUUUGUUGAUUUGGAUGAUUGUUGAACUUUUCAAACUGCACUCAGAAAUUGGAAAUUUUGCUGUAUGUCAUUUCUUGAUUCAUCGUUGUUGCACUCAAGGAUAAUUGAAUUCUCGAAGAACAUGUGUUUCGACUUCUAGAAGAACGGGAAACUUUUUCAGAACACUCGAUGCUUCAAUUGUAGAUGAUUCGGCCGCCAGGGGCUUUCCAUCAGGGAAGAACUUUUGAUUGAAGGAUUGAUUUUCACCACGUCGAAUUCAGAGAAUAACUUCAUUAAUUUUCAGUAUUUCAUUUCACUAAUAUCUCGAUUUGCUUUGUUUGAUAAACUUGUACAAAUGGGCUUAGUAGGCAUUUCCAUAUUGAUGGGUAACUUUCACGCUGUCAUUACUGCUUUAACUUUUUGCAGAUCUUUUGGCACGAAGCUGUCCAGAAACUGGAUUGUCAUGUCGUUCAGCAACUUGAUCACUAACGAUGCUUUUGUGCAACUUCGAUUCUACUGGUUGAACCAUUGAAUGGUUAACUAAACCAAAACUCCUUUCUAUGUUCACGGCGAACUCAAGAAACUUGAGACUAAUUUCCGCUCAAAGAUUGAUGUCUAACCCAAUAACGCUUCAAUAUAUAGUGUGCGUAGGUUGACAUACUGGAUCAUGCUCAAAUUCAAUUUGACAUGAACUUUCCAUGGAUACAAGAGGUGGCAUGGCAGCAACACCUUUUGGUAUUUUUGUUCUUUAAAGAAUCAUUGCUCUCUUGAUGUGAAGAUCGAAUAAUUGCUACAUUUCAACUCGUAGCUAUUGCACCGGUUGACUAAAUUAUCGUUGUUCAUUUCAAAGUAUGGAGGCAUAUGCGAACCAUCCAUCUUUACAAUUAGGAUUUUUUCGAAAAUAAUCUCUAAUUUUCACUUCCUUUUUGUAACUGGUGUAAAAUUCCAUAGUAGGCCAACAAUAUCGUCAUUUGUAAGUGAAUACUUUCUCGUAACUCGUUGUUUAACACAGGAUGACUAGAUUGCUCUGUUGUAGACGAUUUCAUUAUGGAGGCAUAAAUACCAUCCUAGACCUUUUUUGCAAAAAACUUCUAGCUUCCACUUCCAUUUUACUGCUUUGAUAUAACAUUUCAAAAAGCCUCCAUCAUGCGUUGAUACUGCAAAACCAUGGUAGGCUAACACAUUUCUUGCAUUUCUUAUCAAAAAACUUUUGCUAGUAGCUCAUAGUUAAUCACAGGAUAACUGGAUUAUAGGUAGUCCACUCAAUCACGGAGGCAUUUGUUGAGCCAUCCUCAGGACUUUUAAAAAACAAGUUCUAACUUUCACUUCCAUUUGUACUGCUUUCGUAUAAAUUUCCGCAAAGCCUCCUUAAUACAGCUAACUAUGGUAGGCCGACACUACGUUGUCUUUUUUAUCAUUGAAUUUAAAACUGCUUCAUUCCACAUCAGGUUACUUUUUUUUGAAUCACUGUACUGCUUCUAACCGCUCGUUGGUAGAAUUCCUACAACUGUCGUCCCCAAACGUCUGGAAUCUCCCGGGGGUACUAUUGCUCGAAAUCAGUCAUACGCCGUCACAAGAUGUCACACUCAAAAGCGAACUCCCAUCCCGAAGAAUGCGUCCUAACACCGGCUUGCCUGUCACGGGAAGGCCGGAUCGACGAUUGCAAGAUAACUCUCAUAUACACACGAAAACAUGCAUCAGACGGAAAGCCAAUUAAAAUUUCCCAGGGUUGUAGUAAUAAAUAUCACAAAGUGUACAACGGAAAAACGUAACUUCUGAAAGCUGAAAAAGAGAGAAAAGCACACGCCUUCGCGUGGUUAUGGUAAACAGGGGGAGUGGAGAUUUACCGGAUUUAUCUGGUUUUGCGAUGGUCGCUUCGAUUGUCGUGUUACAUGUAUCAGAAUUAGGGGGGAUUCUCAUUCAAAGACGUCAUGGAAACUGUGCGAAGGUUCGUGCGUGCCAGGCUAUGAUGUUGACCCGAUGAUCCUCUCGCUCUAGUAAACCGUCAUCUUUUGCAAAGCAGUAGUAAUCGUGCAGAAGAACAAGAACAUGAAAGGGAUGAUUGGAUGCGGAUGCCGCCCAAGUUGGAGCUGGCGAUGAAGUUAUGCGAAGAAAACACGCUUGGCCAGACCAGGCGAUGAAGCGAUGUGCAGGUGUUUUGGUGGGUUUGUUUUUAGUGUCAUCGACUUCCCUCUGUUCUAAGCUGACCGGGUUCUAGAAGGGCUGCAGUGGGGUGCGCUCUACUUGCGUUAUUCAACACAUGCUUAUAACUGCGUCAACUAUUACGUUAUCGUAAAAAUAUACACCGAAGGUGGGUAAGGAUACACAUUGCUAAUACAAUACUUUCAGUAAAUGUUAUGGUAUUGGUACAAUAAGAAGCUUCGUAAGAAGUUGAUGGUUGCGUUUAACAAUAGAUUGUCAGUGGAACAAGAUGUUCUUAGGAAAAGUAUGACAAAGCAAAAGGUUUAACCACUAAAUCACUCACUAUACAAUUCCAGCUUAUCACAUAACAAAUUCCAUAUUCAAAAGAAUAGCAUACAAAAUCUUCACUUUUCGUGUUUGAUUAUUUCCAAAUCACAUCACAAUGCAACAAGGUACAUUUUACAAAGCAAACAGUUUACGUUUUUUUUUUUGCUAAAAACAUUCACAAAUCUUCAAUAGAACAAAGCCCAUGGAUGGGAGAGUUUGAAAUUUUAAAAACUAGAUGUCAGCACUAACACUAGUAUAUUGACAAGCACAAAAUAUCAUUCAACUAAAAACAAACUCUUUCAAUAGCUUCACAACUCAAACAAAUCACAUAAGAUACUUUGAAUGAACACUCAAUCGACAAGCACUUUCGUGUGAACUUUGUCUCUUGCUUCGCAUAAUAAUGAUGGUGGGCUCCUAAUCACGCUUGAUGUCCACUGGAGCAUCGAGCAAGCCCUUGUUUGUUUUUUCUUUGGUACGCAGCGGACUUCACAGAAGGCCGUGCUUUUUUCUACGUAUAGAUAUGCAGCGAUUUUCAUCGAAAAUCGUGCUCACAAAUUCUUCGCUUGCUGGUAAUUCUCUUGUCACAAAAAAAUGGAAUGCUUAAUUUUCUUCAGCUAUUUUAAAAGCAUAUUAGAACACAUUUUCCAGUUGGUGUUAGUGGUGCAGUAAUCAACAACAUAAGUCACUCUUAGGUGCUACUUGUACACAGUAUUAGAUUAGAAUUCUACGUUUCCCAAAUUCAGAGGGAUUACAUUUUGUUUGUUUUUUUUUUUUUUUUUUUUUGAUAGCUGGUGGUGCUUAUAAAGGCAAAGCAACUAUGAAUAAAAUACAUGUUAAAAUUGGUAAGAAUGAAUUAUGUAUAAGUUACAUUGAAGCCCAUACACAGCUUAUUCGAAGCGUGUUUUUUUUUGUUUCUUCUUCCUUAGUUUACUUAUCGUAAAUUCACAACCACUUAAAACAACUUGAAACAACCACUAAAAGUGUAAUGCAUUAGAAAGGUGAGAUUCUGCGAAAAUACAAAAGAUUAUCGGUAACAAAACCCCAGCACUGCUGGGCCGAGUGAGUAAGAACACAAAACUACUAACGCAACUACUGAUUAGACUUAGAGCGAAAAUACAUUUGUAAACAAUUAAACAAAAACAAUAGUGAAGGGAAAUUAGCAUAGCUACCACCACACAUGCUUAUGAUUUGUCGGCCGUGUCCAUUGACUGGCUCUCUCUCUCUUUGUUUGUGUCGCUCUGCACCCACGUAGUAUCUAGGUAUAGCACCAUGAAAACAAAACCCCGUGACGAGAAGCCUAAGGAUGCACCGUCCAAGAAUAAUAGCCCAUCGCACACACACGCACCAAUCGCAUAACCCAGAGCGUCGGAUCCGUAGCGCAGAAAACAGUGGACAUAUAGAUUGGCAGGAAAUCUAUUCGAUGACUGACGAAAUUAUUCACUUAACGCGCUUGUGGCCCUUUGGCCGCGCUGGCUGCAAAAGAGUAAAACUCUGGUUGUCGGGGGAAAAUUGAACAUUGGAUUACCACAGAUAUGCGAGAGGGGUUCGCUCCUCGGUUGUUUGUUUUGAAUGAUUUUACUACAAUAUGUACUGCAUAGCUUUAGUUGGCAACGUUGGUUCGAGUCGAUUCGAUUGAUUAUUGAUUUAAUUUCGUUUUUGAUUUUUUACUCCUUUCACAAGUGCUGUAAAUACGAAAAAUCGUUUUCUUCUAAAAAAAUAUUUGGCUUACUUUCGCAAUAGAGCCGCCCUUAGAAUAAGUAAUUUUCUGGUGAUGCUUCCGAAAUAGAGCACGAACUUAACCGGUCUUGGGUUGUUGUUUUAAUAUACGUAUCUCUGUUUGUUCUGUAAAUAAAAUGCUGGUUUUUUGUGCAAAAUAAAUUCGCUUACUGUAUCAUGUCGACGACGAAGGAAAUGGAUUCUAGUUGUGAAGGAUUUCGAUGUUCUUUCCUUGGGACGAGUGACAGGUUCUAAAGCCAAAGUCUAACAUUUUUGUCUAACUGUAAAAGAAAAUACGUUUCUGGUUGCAACGAAUUGAUUGAUGUUACCGCAUCGGUUGUUUGCUUGGUGAAGCCCUUCCGAUUCGUGGCCUAGUCUUCAGGUUCAUGUGGUCUCAUUCCGCUGAAUUUUUGGUCUACAUCUACUUGGAUAGUGACUUCCGUUUUUUUUUUUCGUGUUGGUUGUCAAAUAAUAGUACAAGAGUAAUAAAAAAAACACAGAAACUCGGCUGGUUAUAAGAGCCGGACCGGAGAAAUAGAAAAACUGCACGUCGCUGGUUGAUCUUCUCUCCUGGCACUAAAUCGGGGUCGACCCAGUUCCCUUCUUGCUCUCAUGGCGCUCAGUCACACAGUGGACAGUUUCCAUACUAUUAUUCCCGGUCGCUGAACCAGUUUGUAGAAAUGGAAAAAAUAAUAGAAACAAAGAAACUCGGCUUGUACAGCCGGACCUUUUUGGGAAUGCUGGAAAGACGAAAACUCGGGUUGUGGGGUAGGUAUCUGUUGGGGUUAUACCGACCGAGCUCGUGCGAUUCCCGCGCUAUUCUUGGAGCAGUGGUGUCAAGGGGGUAGGGUAUUCAGGCCUAAUCGUUCCACGUUCUUUUUGGAUAUACUUCCGCGGCCAGGUAGAUUAGCUCUGAUGGCAAUAGGUAAAGAAAAAAUAUAGACAAAGAAACUCGGCUUGCUCCUUCAAGGAGACUGCCGGUCCAUAGUUUGCUGAUUUUGUCCUUUUCUUCCAAUUUUGCCCCGUAGUUGUGUGUGUUCAAGUGACAUGUUUACCGUCUCAGUUUGAAGAUUAUCCUGGGAUAAAAGUAUUGAAAGUUGGGUAAUAAAGAAACACGGCUUACUUUAGAGGCCGGACUCUCGUGUUCAUUGAAGAUUCGUUCUGUAAAGAUCAAAAUACGUGGUUUCGAAAGAUGUGACAUAAUUGUUUACCGCCAUAUCUCAAGGUCGGUUCAUAUCCGGUAUGGACCAAGCUGGUCAUUCGUUGCCCGGAUGUUCUAAACAUGGAUGAAAGAUAAAAGCUCAGAAAAACUCAACUAUCGACUAGUCUGUUCCGGCGAAAACUUCCAUUGAGUGAUUGCUGCAAAUAAUCAGAGGAGUUGUUUUGUUUCUACUAAUAUGACAACGAUUCUACGAUACGAUUACGAGUUUAAGUGAGUGCUGCCGCAAGUUCGGCGUACCACCUGUUUUAAGUACGGUUGAAAUCCUGUUCAUGUUCCUGCUGUCGAUAAUUAAAAAUAUUUUGAUUUCUACUUAGCUGCCUGUCAAAAUGCUAUUCCUGCAUAGUUUCUGUAAGAAAAACACAAACGUGCGUUGAACUGAUAAACAAUUGCACUUUACCUCGUCGCUCGUCCUCACUAACAAACCGCGGUUUGAAGUGGGCGAUGCACUGCUCUUGUAUCUUGCUUUCUGCAAAAAAUGAAAGUAAAUUUCUUUUCCAGUGUCGUAGACUUUCCAAUGUAAGAAGAGUAUACGUCUCGACACGCUCAACUUCACUAGCGCUUAACAUACUUAACACCAGUCUGCCUGCCUUUGGGGGGCAGCACAGAGCUAGAGGUCUCUUUGAAAACGUAGCUGAGCUCUAAGUCAGCUUGCUCCAUUCUCUUUUCAACCUGUGUGCUUUGCUGUAAAUUCGAAAAAGCUCUGGUCGUAAAAUGAAAAAAAUCAGCGCUAGUUACCGCUACACGUAAUUUUCUCGGCAAGUUUGCUUUGAGUUUCCUUUCCCUCUCUCAUCAAGGUGACCUCAUUUCUUCUUGUUGUUUCUCUUUUACUCCCGCUCUUUCUCGUGCUUGCCUGUCCCACUACUAUCUUUUCCACUAACCACGAAUUGCGUCGAAAACUGCAUUGAUUUAAGACGAAACCCGAAGAUGUAUGCCGUCUGCGAAGUGGUGCAGCGCUUACAUAAGCAUCUGAUUGGCUGUGUGCUAUUAUCUAUGGCUUUAUGCCACGGCUACUUAUGUGGAAAAUACAAAACCAUAUUAAAUGAAACUUUUCCCGAUGGCUGGUUUGUCACCGAUGCCAUCAUUGAGAUCACAAGAACAUUAUGCGCACAUUAGUCGCGUACUCACUACUAAACAUCUGCUUACUUAAACAUGAUCUCCCUAUCUUUGCCCUAUUUUUCUAGCCUAGUGUGUUACCCAAAGUUAUCACUUGUUGCCUUGACGCUGUCGCCGCUCGUUACCAGUUUCAUCGACGUUUUUAAGUUCGUCCCAUAACCUGGUUCGCUUGUGGAUCCGUGUUUGAUGUGACACGAUUACCGCGCUGCUUCCAGAAGAUGGGGUCCCCGCGGGUGGAGUCCGCCGUCCUGGGCAGUCAGCAGCGUAGUCACAACUCCGCAUCGGAAAACACCAGCUCUACGAAACAGCAGCUAGCAGCAGCAGUGGAAGGCCCCUCGUUUAACCUUUUCUUUUGUUAUUCAAGUUAACGGGUACACAUUCGGCCUAUCUUUCUCUCUCACUCAUUCCGCCACUUCUUGCGAUGUGUGGCUUCAUACGACCCAGCUCGCGUCUGGCCGCACCAUACUUUUCUUUUUGCUCGGCAAAGGAUUGUGAUACCUCUUCAUGGUGACGCUUUCUCUAGGUACGCCCCCUUCAGAACUUUUACGUUCUAUCUGAAAGC